UUUGUGGAACUUGUCGCUGUUUGAUUUUGAUGGUAAAAAACAUCCACAAAAAAAUUGAAAAUGGUCUCAUGAGAUACCCAUUAAUAUCAUUACUUCAUCUACUUUAAUAAUCAAAACAUGUGGGGUGCUUACUAUAAAAGGUUUAUUGGUGGUAUAACCAGGACCCAAUUGGAAACCGCAAAAUUUGGAUUCUAUUUAUUAACUCCAAUAUGUGUGAUGUAUUACGUUGGUAUAGAUUCUGAUGAGAAAUUCAAUUUACCAGGUUUCUGGCCUGAUCCAUCUACGUUAAAUCAAAUCCCUAAGGAACCAUAUGAAAUUCAAGCCGAAAUAGCUAGAAUUAGAAGAGAAAGAGUUGAAAAGAGAAAACGUUUAGAAGAGAAAGCAAGAUUGUUAGGAAUAGAGGAAGAUGAUGAUCUCAACGACAAUAAACAAUCUUAAGAAGCUUUGGUCCUUAGUACAUAGUCACAUUAAUUCCCAAAAAAAACUUGUAUAUAUCCCAUAAGUAACAUGAAAAACUACAAAAUAAAUGAAACUUUUAAUGAAUUAUACUCUACAGAUGUACCAUAAACCAAGUGUUGUUAAUAAUUU